AAUGCGCUACGGUCAGUCAGUAGGUCGGUCGGAACCGCUGGUACGUCGUGGGUGCCAUUCACUCACGAUUAGCUAAUAUGUACUAGAAUUAAGUAACGCAAUAGUGGACAUAGUUUUAAAAUAAAAAGCUGAAUUAAAUAGUGAUGUGAAACUGAAACAAUAAGUGCAAUUAUCGCUCAAAUUUUUAUACUUUAAUUAUACAAAUAAUUAAAAACGCCUUGCAAACUAAAUUCACCUAAAAUAGAUUACAUGUUUUCAUCGUAGUUUUCCUUGGACUUAAAUUAUUUAAGAAUAAUGUCUCGCAGAAGAUUGUUGAUUGGCGGCGCGGCGGGCGUCGCGGGCGCAGCUCUCACAGCCUGGGCGGUAGCGGCGGAUGAUUCACCGGCGCAAUGGUACAAAGCGAAAACAGUGUCAGCAAAGACGGAGCGCAAGAAGCGACCUCUACCGACUCGCGACCAUCAAGUCGCCUCCUUACAAGCUGGACAUACCUUCGACAUCCUCAUCAUUGGAGGAGGUGCCACCGGUGUGGGGUGUGCUCUAGAUGCCUGUACUAGAGGGCUUCGCACAGCGUUAGUCGAGGCCGAUGACUUCGCCAGUGGAACCUCAAGUCGUAGUACAAAGCUCAUCCACGGAGGAGUGCGGUACCUUCAGAAGGCCAUCAUGCAGCUGGACUACGACCAGUACAAGAUGGUGAAGGAAGCGCUGCACGAACGAGCCAACAUGUUGGAAGUAGCACCACAUCUGACCAGACCGCUGCCUAUAUUGCUGCCUGUUUAUAAAUGGUGGCAAGUCCCCUACUACUGGUUCGGUAUCAAGAUGUACGAUGUGGUGGCCGGUGACAGAAACGUGAAGAGUUCGUACUACUUGUCUAAGAAGAACACUCUCGAAUUGUUCCCCAUGUUGAAAUCCGACAACCUGUGCGGUGGCAUCGUGUAUUAUGAUGGCCAACAGGACGACGCGCGAAUGAACCUAGCGAUAGCACUGACGGCGGCCCGCCACGGCGCCACCAUCGCCAACCACGUCAGCUGUACCAAGCUGUACAAGACCAAUGGCAAGCUCAGUGGGGCUCGACUAAAGGAUGAGCUGACCGGCAAAGAAUGGGACGUGAAAGCGAAGUGCAUCAUCAACGCGACGGGUCCGUUCACAGACAGCAUCCGCAAGAUGGACGACUCCAGUGUGAAGAACAUCUGCUGCCCCUCGUCUGGCGUGCAUAUCGUGUUGCCUGGAUACUACAGCCCAGAGCACAUGGGUCUCCUGGACCCGGCCACAUCGGACGGGCGUGUGAUCUUCUUCCUCCCGUGGCUGAAGGGCACCAUCGCGGGCACCACAGACCUGCCCUGCAACGUCACACACAACCCCAAGCCCACUGAAGACGAGAUCCUCUUCAUCCUCACUGAAGUCAAGAACUAUCUCAACCCUGAUGUUGAAGUCCGUCGCGGCGACGUGCUGUCGGCGUGGUCGGGUAUCCGUCCGCUGGUGUCGGACCCGAACAAGCCGGACACGCAGUCGCUGGCGCGGAACCACAUCGUGCACGUGUCGCCCGCCGGCCUCGUCACCAUCGCCGGCGGCAAGUGGACCACCUACCGCGCCAUGGCCGCCGAGACCAUCGACGCCGCCAUCGAGAGCGCGAACCUGAAGCCUCUGUACAAGGAGUGCCAGACGGACGGGUUCCUAAUAGAGGGCGCGCACGGCUGGACGCCCACCAUGUACAUUAGAUUAGUGCAAGAUUUCGGAUUGGAGAUGGAAGUAGCACAACACUUAGCCAAGUCGUACGGUGACCGUGCGUUCGCAGUCGCCAAGAUGGCGGCCAUGACUGGCAAGAGGUGGCCUAUCAUCGGCAAGAAGGUCCACCCUGAGUUCCCUUACAUUGACGCUGAGAUUAGAUACGGUUGCCGCGAGUACGCGCGUACGGCGGUGGACAUGAUCGCGCGGCGGCUGCGGCUGGCCUUCCUCAACGUGCAGGCCGCCGCCGAGGCGUUGCCCACCAUCGUCGACAUCAUGGCCGAGGAACUCAACUGGAGCGACGCUGAGAAGAAGAAACAAAUCAAAGACGCGAGCGACUUCCUAGCCAACGAGAUGGGACAGAUGGUGAACCGCGCCAGUCGCGACAAGAUCCCGAUCAACCUCAGCAAGGACGAGAUCCAGACCUACAUCAAACGGUUCCAGAUCAUCGACGCAGACAGGAAAGGUUUCGUCUCCAUCAACGACAUUAGGAGGAGUCUUAAGAACUACGGCGAGGAGGUCACCGGCGAACAAUUGCACGAAAUUCUGAAAGAGAUCGACACUAACAUGAACGGACAAGUCGAACUCGACGAGUACUUGCAGAUGAUGUCUGCCAUCAAGUCUGGUCACGUGGCGUACUCUCGGUUCGCGCGCAUGGCUGAGAUGGAGGAGGAGCAUCACGAACAGGAGAUGUUGAAGAAACAGAUCUCUGUCGAGAGGAGUGGCGGUGGCCUGUAGACGUCAUGCAGAUGGUACCGAAAUAGCAACAAAGUAGGCGCUAAACAAGACAAAAGUAUUAUUUCUCAAAUUAGUACAACAUACCUAUUUCGAUUACAAUAAAUACGUUUAUUGUUAAAAAUUCUAACACCAAGCUAUCAACUUAUGUAAAUUAAGCACGUCCAAUCAAAUAUAUUUAUUAUUUAACAUUAUAGGUGAUGUAAGUACAGACAGACAAUGAUUUUAACAUCGUUAUGUCAUUGUGUCCCACAUAAAUUGUUACGAUAUUUCGAUUCCUCUCCUAAUUUUAAGAGAAAUGGAUUUGAUAUGUGAUUGUUUAAAAUAUAAGACGAUUAUUUAUUCAUUAUUUUGUUAUGAUACAUGUUUUUUAAACAAUUCAAUUAUUAUUUAUAUUAUACAAACGGAAUGCGACUUUUUUAAAUGUAAUUUGUUACUAUUUUUAUUUAAUGUUAUAAUAAUGUGUGUUGAGCUCUGGCAAGGUUAUGCAGAAAUCAGACUUAGUCCAUUCAAAAUAAGGUUUAAAUUUGCUGAAAUCAACGAAGUAGUAUAGAAUACAGAAAUUUCAAUUUUAUUAUAAGGCAAAUAUUUUUCUAUGAAAUGCUGGAGCUUUCACGAAACGCGUUACAAUUGUUAUUUUAUGUCUGAGCCUCAGUUUCGCAAACAAUAUUUGCAGGUCAAACCUACGAAUAAGGAAUCUCCGAAGUGUAGGCCAGACAUUAGAUAUUACACUACACUUAAUGCAUAACACUGUUCUUUAUCGAACGAUAGGUACAAUUUACAAUGUAUUUUAAAGUUCUUGAUGUGUUUAUUGUGCAAAUAAAUUGAUUUUAAAUCAUAA